AUGAGACCGCUACCAGAUCAAAGUGCAUUCGAAGAUAAAAGUGAAUUAGUGUUAAAAAAAGUUAGAAUUAAAGAAUCAGAAGAUAUUACACCAAUAUCGUCACCAAGAACACCAAAAACACCAAAAAUUUGUCCCAAAACUCCAACCAAAACACCAUUACGUACACCAACCAAAAAUACAACAAUUCAUUUUUUAACACAAAAAAAGAGAACCAAAUCUACCAGUAACGAUUUUGAUUAUUUAACGGAAAUUGGUGAAGGUAGUUUUGCUAAAGUAUUUAAAGCUAAAGGUAAAAUGGAUAAUAAACUCUAUGCCAUCAAGAAAUCAAAAAGACCAAUUUGGGAAACAUCAGAAAGAAAUCAACACAUCCAAGAGAUUGAAAAUGGUAUGAAGUUGGGAUUCCAUAAUAAUAUAGCCCAAGUUUUAUGUGCAUGGGAAGAGGGUGGCCAUAUUUAUAUCCAAAUGGAGUUAUGUGAAAGAGGUAAUCUUAAGGAUGCUUUAAACUUGGCCGUUCAAGAGGAGGGUGGUGCUGGAAAGUUACCAGAGUAUAUUAUAUGGCAAUAUCUCUAUGAUGUAGCACAAGGUUUAGCACAUGUUCACGAAAAGGGUAUAAUGCAUCUCGAUAUAAAGCCAGAAAACCUUUUAUUCUCUAACGAUGGUGUUUUAAAAAUUGGUGACUUUGGUGUGUGUAGUAGUGCCAAUGAAGAAAAAGAGGGUGAUGAAGGUGAUCAAGUUUAUAUGGCCCCAGAACUUUUAAAUGACAUUAGAACACCCGCUGCAGAUAUUUUUAGUUUGGGUAUUACUCUUUAUGAAAUGGCUACAAACUAUAAUCUACCAAAAAAAGGCCAAAUGUGGAGAAAUUUACGUGAAGGCAAAAUACCUUUCCCCGAAGAUGAUGACGCUAUAAUAUCUGAUGAUUUAAAAAAUCUCAUACUAAGAAUGAUGGACCCAGACCCAGCCAAAAGAAUUACAAUUCAAGGUCUUUUAAAAAUCGAUAAAUUACAAUCUCUAUCUUGUUUAAAACGUUCAACCUCAACCUUGUAUAGACUCCAAAGAAAAUUGUUUUAA